AUGGCUCUGACAUCUGACUACAAUGCGUCCUUCAUGGGUGCUACCUUCAAUGACUGGAUGACAACCCACCAAUGGGCUGGUGCAUGCGGCUCGCCCAAUACCUCGGUUGUCAUGGUCGCCACCGUGCCCCAGCAUCUGGCAUCCGUUACUGAGGCCGGAAGUGAGGUUGAGACGAUCCGCGUUGUGAUGCAUUACCAGAAGCGCUACGGUACACUGGAUGAAUGCAACGUUUAUCUGGUCGUGCCCGGGUUUGGGCGCACUUUGGUGUGCGAAGCUUACGGCGUGCAACUCGAGAGGGACACUCCGCGCAAGUAUACCGUUGCAAUUCCGAACAGCCAAGCUCCCAAAAUUCAUGGGAACUUUUCAUGGAAGUUCGAGAAGCAGCAGAAUCAGAUUGAGGUUGUGAUGGCGUACGACCUGACAACUCCGUUCACCGGACAAAUGGUAGAUCAUGUCAGCUUGUUUCCGUCCUCUGUCAGUGCUCGGCAGGAUCAGCUGCAACAAUUCCCUUACGAAAUCGCCACGAAGCCUCGAUCGACCAUAGAAGAUAUCGACGAUUUACAGAGUGCGGUUCACUUUGACGCUGUGACCAGCGGUGAACACGAGCUCCUGGUCAAAUUCUUGGAUGACCAUGCCCACGACAUGGGAGAUGCUGGUUACACCAUUGCCAUCCAGUCUUACAGAGAGGGUGGACCAGUAGUCGGUGUAGCUUCCUCUGACUCAGGACUUGCAGCGGCCGCAUCUAAACAGUACUCACUUAGCCUUCAUUUUGCGGGUAUUCUCGAGUUGGUUGGCAGCAUUGGACCGGUUGAUCGAGUCGUCGCAGCUGAACUCUUCGCCAAGGUUCCCAUUGCUGGUCGUGUCAAGUUGGCAAAUGUCAAGGGAGCUCUGACAGACACGGCGUCGGUGCAGGCGACAAUCAACGUUGUUGUUGCAAAGGGCACAGUGACGUUUAGGGCUGUCAAGAAUGACAGUGGAAAGCAUGACUUAUAUUGCGACGCAACCGUCCAAGUGAAACUGAUUUCUCCUAUCAAAGUGACGAAUGUCAAGAUAUUGGCACUUCCGUGA